AUGAAGUACUCUGCUGCCACCCUCGCCCUUCUCGCCGGCCUUGUCGCCGCCCAGAACCCCUUCGGCGAUGCCGUCCCCGACUGCGCUGCUAAGUGCGUCGUCGACGGAAUCACCGCCAUCGGCUGCACGGUCGAAGACACCGCCUGCGCCUGCACCACCGAGAACCUCGCCAAGCUCGCCUCCAACCCCACCCUCGUCACCUGCCUCACCACCUCCUGCACCGACCCCGCCGACCUCGCCAAGGCCGCCCAGGCCGCCAACGUCCUCUGCGCCGGUGCCGGCGGUGCCUCCUCCGAGGCUCCCCCCGCUUCUUCCUCCGAGGCCGCCUCCGCCACCGAUGAUGCUACCGCCUCUGCCACCGAGAGCGGCGAGGCUUCUGCCACUGCUAGCGAUUCCGCUGCGCCUACUGGUGGUGCUAGCAACUCUACUGCUACUGGUACCGGUGGCUCUGGAAGGCCCACUCCUUCCAAGUCCUCGGGUGGCUCUGAGGAGACUGGUUCGGGUUCGGGCGACGACAACGGCAAUGGCUCUGGAACCAGCGGAGCUGUUGUCAACGCUGCGUUCGGCGGUGUUGCUUUCCUUGCUGCCCUUCUCGCCCUCUAA